UGUUGAUUUUAAUUUUGAACGCGCAUUUCUAGCUUAGGCCUUGGUGUCACAGGGUGUCACCUGGCGUUGGUUUGUGUUCGUUACUCAGCGUGUCCAGAGAGUUGGCGGCGGUCGUAAACAGAAAAUUAGCGUUUAGAAAACGACAAAAACCUGAUUUUGAGAAGAAUCAUCAUGAAACGUUCAAAGAGUGUGAGUCCGGGUGGUGCACGACGCGGCGGCGUGCGCAGGCGAGGUGGUAGUAGUGGUGAUGGCUGGUCUGGCCAAGGCGAGCGGGGCGCUUCUGCUGCUGGACCUGGAAGAGGCACGGCGAGACCUUCCCUUUCAGAACCUGCAAAGAGUGUGAGUCCGGGUGGUGCACGACGCGGCGGCGUGCGCAGGCGAGGUGGUGGUAGUGGUGAUGGCUGGUCUGGCCAAGGCGAGCGGGGCGCUUCUGCUGCUGGACCUGGAAGAGGCACGGCGAGACCUUCCCUUUCAGAACCACGUGAAUAUUAUUUUGAUUUUAGUCUUCAGACAAUGAUGAUAGAAGAUGCGCCUAAGGGUAGAGCGUUGGAGCGUCCUCUACAUCCCAAGAAAAGAAGGUCAAGAUGUCCCUCAGUACUGAUCGCUGACGCAAAAUCGAUGAAGAAGUCUAUUGGUGUGGAUGAUGCUGGGUCAUCAUCACCAAACAUAAAUAGUGAGCCUAUCGUUGCAACGACGCCGUCUCCGAAGCCGUCUGAAGUGGUGCUGGUAGUGCCCUCGGCAACACCAAGCGAACUGAUGGUUCCCACAUCCGAAUUUUUGAUGUUUCUUACGUCCUUAGAUUUAGAAACCUCGUCAUCGGCAAUAAAUAGUGAGCCUAUCGUUGCAACGAAGCCGUCUCCGGAGUCAUGUGAAGUGGGGCUAGAGCUGGUAGUGACCUCGGCAACACCAAGCGAGCUGUUGGUUGCCACGUCGGAGUCUUCGGUGACUCCUAUGUCCUUAGAUUUAGAAACCUCGUCAUCGGCAUUAGACGUAGAAAGUGGUGGGAGUGGAACAUCCACCCCUCGGAAAACGGGAGAUGGAUCAUCCACGCCAAGGGCGACAAGAGCUACCAAACAUCGUAUGCAGCUACUACAGGACCAGGAUCAGGAGCAAAAGAGUAUAGAGCACCUAUUCUAUGGUAGCAGUGACGAAGAAGACGCGGAAGAUGAUGAGGACACCGUACAGCUACCUAUCCCGCGAACGGUUCGAGUGUUUCUCGAGGACGAACAUGACGAAGAAGGAACCGUCCCAGCGAACCUGAAUUUCGCAUGGCCGCCUCCACCCCCGACUUCAGGAUCCGUAGAGCCCGCCACGCCACCUGAGGAUCAGUCAGCGGCCCCAUUACCUGACCCAUUAGCAACAUCAAACAUAGAUAAGUUUGACUUCCAGUGGAGAGCGUUCCCACAACCCCAAAUCGAACCAGAGGUAAGGAGGGAACCGUUUUCCAACAUUAUGUGUGGAGCCACUACUUCAUUUGCCACUCCAUAUGACGCAUUCAUCGCCAUUUGGGAUCGGCAAAUCAUGGAGCACAUUGCUGUGGAGACAAACCGAUAUGCCCAACAGCUUGCGGCGAUUAUGAUCCAGUCCAACACUUUGUAUCCUCAGAGUAGGAUCACAAAAUGGGUGGACACGACGGUGGAUGAACUCUACGUGUAUUUCGCAAUAAUCCUAGCCACUGGGAUUGUAGUGAAAACACGUCUUGAAGAGUACUGGAAUGGUACACGUGACGUUUUCAUUACUCCAGAGUUCACCACGGCGAUGUUUCUUGAUCGCUUCUUGCUGUUGAGCAGGUGUCUUCACUUUCAAAAUAACGAGACUUUCAAACCCGCUUCAUUUACCCGCAGUCAGGCAAAAUUAUUUAAGUUGCAGCCUGUUCUAGAUCACCUCAAUCACAAAUUCUCAAAUUUAUACAAUAUGGAUCAAAAUAUAGCACUAGACGAAAGUUUGACUAUGUGGAAGGGUUGGUUGGAUAUAAAUCAGUUCAUCAAUAACAAAGCCGCAGCAGUCGGCAUCAAAACGUACGAGAUUUGUGAGUCCAAGUCCGGAUACUUGUGGCGUUUCGAGGUCCACACAAGACACGAAGAGUGCUCAAACGCACAAGCCUCUCCGGUUUCUGGAGUCAUACCCGCAUUAGUCCUACGGCUAUUAAAGGGCCUCGAACACAGAGGCCAUACAGUAUGGAUGGACAACUUUUAUAAUUCCCCUGCACUCGCGCGGGAAUUAAAGUGCCGUGGGUUCGACUGCGCAGGGACGCUACGGACCAACCGUCAGUUAGUUCCCAGGGAACUGACAAAUGGGAAAAUGGCUAUCAAUCAGCUGUGUGGCUGCACUUCAGGGGAUGUGGAUCUCAUAGUUUGGCGAGAUAAGAAAUACGUAUCUCUUAUCUCGACAUACCAUGGGCUAGCAACUGUGAAGUGUGGUGGCAUACUGAAGCCCACGGUGGUAUCUGAUUACAAUAUCUGCAUGGGGGGGGUCGAUCGCAAGGACCAAAUGUUAUCCGUGUACCCCAUAGAAAGAAAGCGGACGGCCGUCUGGUACAAGAAGUUUUUCAGACGGCUACUGAAUGUAAGCACAUUAAAUGCCUACAUACUAUUCAAAUCUGAACAUACAACUACUCACCGAAAUUUUCGUAAAACUUUAGUGAAUGAGUUAAUAUCACGGCAUUCUCCACAAACCAGAACCAGGCCUUCGCCCAUAAAUACAGACAGUAAACCAGUCAGUGACCCACAAGUUUUCGAGCACUACCCGAAACAGUACGUCUUGGCCGAGCACAAUAAAAGCGGCCACCGAUACCGGCGCAACUGCGUCGAAUGCGAAAAGCGCGUCACAACGUACUGCUACGGGUGCAAUAAAGCGCUUUGCACUUUCACGUGUUUCGGGCCUUAUCACAAAAAACUUUACAAGGACACUCAAAAAGUGACCAAAAAGAAGGAGUAGACUGUAGAGUAGACUGCGUGAACUGGUACCCAAGCAAUUUCUUCAGAAAUUGGUUCAGAAUACUUAGAGAGUAAACAUACAAAAAGUCCCCACCUCUAUCGGGGGCGGAGUGGAGGGAGAGGGUUGAGCACAGAAUCUAAAUAUUAAUAAUAUAUUAUGUUACAGUCAAAACUCAUAAUAGGUCAAAACCACUUUUGACUGCAACUGCACUUUUAACCGAUGGCCUUUUGAUGACUGGAAAAAUCAGUCAAAAGUGGUUUUAACCAAGAAUGUUAGUCAAAACCACUUUUGAGUGCAAAACAUUUUAUUUAACUAACUGACCGAACAAAUUAAUAAUCCUACCUUUUACCUGACGAAUACCUGGCAGCAUUAUGUACUAUUACAUAUUGUACCAAAGUUAGGUGUGAUCAUUUUGUAUGCACAAUCACAAAAAUUUUACACUUUAAAAUUAUUUUUAACACAUGUUUAAUGAUUCCCAUAUAAGUAAUUUUCACUAAUCAUGACACUAUUUAUGAAUUUUGACUGAUUGGUAAAGUUUUCAAUCAGGCAAAACCACUUUUAGCAGAUUUUUUGUACUUAGAAGUUGUUUUGACUGCAACAUACUUAUGUAUAACAUAAAUCAAAGGUGACUGAUUGACUGAUAUAGUGAUCCAUCAACGCACAGCCCAAACCACUGGACGGAUC